AUGCCCUCAACAAGCACGCCCAUCGAACUAUACCAAGCAACUCUCAAAGCAGUGCCGUCAGGAAUCUCCGCCUUACUCUCCUCAUACUCCGGGAUCCCGGAGCCCGAGCAAAAGGCACACAUCACCACUGUGCGCGACCGGGCAUACAAAUCCCACCAUUACCCGUGCCUAGGGAGAUGGCGAUUCCUCGAACUGGAUCUGGCUGGCCAUCCGCUGUACGAGAAGGAAGUUCUCCCCGCGCUGCAAGACCAGAACGAGAAAUGGAUCUUUCUCGACCUCGGCACCUGUCUGGGGCAAGAUGUGCGGAAACUUGCGUUCGACGGUGCAGACACCUCGAGACUGUACGGUGCGGAUCUGAAACCCGAGUUCAUCGAGAUCGGGUACGAGUUGUUCCGCGACGAAGACAGGUUGCCGCGAGACCACUUCAUCGCGCCGGCGGAUGUGUUUGAUUUCUCGCCCUCGAGUCCAUUGGCUCGGACGUGUGACGGCAAAGUGGGCAUUUUGCACGCCUGUUCUGUAUUUCAUCUCUUCGAGCUGGAGAAGCAGAAGGUCAUGGCGCAGAGAUGUUUGAGAUUGCUCGAUGCUGGGAGAAAGAGGGUGUUGAUUCUCGGGGCUCAGAUCGGGAAUGUCAAGGGUGCUGAGUAUCCGGGACCAAGCGGUGGGCGGAGAUUCCGGCAUGGUGAGAAGACUUGGAAGCAGAUGUGGGAGGAGAUCGUGAAGGAGGGGGAGUGGAAGGAAAAGAUCCAGAAUAUUGAGGUCGGCUGUAUCAUGAAAGAACAUGUGUUUGAUAUGCCUGAGGCAGAAGUGAAUAAUACUCAGAGGCAGAUUGGACAUGUGGAGCCAGGGUUUAGAUGGAUGAAAUUCUGGGUGUGGAUUGAUUUUGCCUAG